CCCCGCGGCCCGGGCUGUAACCGCUGGCCCGGCCGCUGCCCGCGCCUUUCCGAGCCGGCCGGCGGCAUGGCUGUGUCCUGGAGGAGCUGGCUCGCCAACGAGGGGGUUAAGCACCUCUGUCUGCUUGUUUGGCUUACCCUGAAUGUCCUACUUUUCUGGAAAACCUUCUUGCUGUAUAACCGGGGGCCAGAAUACCACUACCUCCACCAGAUGUUGGGGCUAGGAUUGUGUCUAAGCAGAGCCUCUGCAUCUGUUCUUAACCUCAACUGCAGCCUUAUCCUUUUACCCAUGUGCCGAACACUUCUGGCUUACCUCCGAGGAUCCCAGAAGGUUCCCAGCAGGAGAACAAGAAGAUUGUUGGAUAAAAGCAGAACAUUCCAUAUAACCUGUGGUGUUACUAUCUGUAUUUUCUCAGGUGUGCAUGUGGCUGCCCAUCUGGUGAAUGCCCUCAACUUCUCUGUGAAUUACAGUGAGGAUUUUAUUGAUCUGAAUGCAGCAAGAUACCGCGAUGAGGAUCCUAGAAAACUUCUCUUCAUGACUGUUCCUGGCUUGACAGGGGUCUGCAUGGUAGUGGUGCUGUUCCUUAUGAUUACAGCCUCUACAUACGCAAUCAGAGUUUCUAACUAUGAUAUCUUCUGGUACACUCAUAACCUCUUCUUUGUCUUCUACAUGCUGCUGAUGUUGCACGUUUCAGGAGGGCUGCUGAAGUAUCAGACUAACUUAGAUACCCACCCUCCUGGUUGUAUCAAUAUUAACAGAAUCCGCGCUCAGAAUAUUUCCUUACCAGAAUAUCUCUCAGAACAUAUUCCUGAACCUUCCCCUGGAGGAUUUUCAAAACCAGAAGAGAGAACUCAGGACACAUUGGUGAAGAUCUGCAUGGAAGAGCCCAGGUUCCAAGCUAAUUUUCCACAGACUUGGCUUUGGAUUUCUGGACCUCUGUGCCUGUACUGUGCCGAAAGACUUUAUAGGUAUAUCCGGAGCACUAAGCCAGUCACCAUCAUAUCAGUCAUAAGUCAUCCCUCAGAUGUCUUGGAAAUCCGAAUGAUCAAAGAAAAUUUUAAAGCAAGACCUGGUCAGUAUAUUACUCUACAUUGUCCCAGUGUGUCUGCAUUAGAAAAUCAUCCAUUUACCCUCACAAUGUGUCCUACUGAAACCAAAGCAACAUUUGGGGUCCAUCUUAAAAUAGUAGGAGACUGGACAGAACGGUUUCGAGAUUUACUACUACCUCCACCUAGUCAAGACUCUGAGAUUCUACCCUUCAUUCAAUCUAGAACUUAUCCCAAGCUAUACAUCGAUGGUCCAUUUGGAAGUCCAUUUGAGGAAUCACUGAACUAUGAGGUUAGCCUCUGUGUGGCUGGAGGCAUCGGAGUGACCCCAUUUGCAUCGAUACUCAACACCUUGCUGGAUGACUGGAAACCAUACAAGCUUAGAAGACUAUACUUUAUUUGGGUGUGCAGAGACAUCCAGUCCUUCUGUUGGUUUGCAGACUUACUCUGUAUGUUGCAUAACAAGUUUUGGCACGAGAACAGACCCGACUAUGUCAACAUCCAGCUGUACCUCAGUCAAACAGAUGGGAUACAGAAGAUAAUUGGAGAAAAAUAUCAUGCACUGAAUUCGAGACUUCAUAUUGGACGUCCUCGAUGGAAACUUCUGUUUGAUGAAAUAGCAAAAUGUAACAGAGGGAAAACAGUUGGUGUUUUCUGUUGUGGACCCAAUUCCAUUUCCAAGACUCUUCAUAAACUAAGUAACCAAAACCAUUCAUAUGGGACAAGAUUUGAAUACAAUAAAGAAUCUUUCAGCUGAAGACCUUUUCCUUGAGCCAGGAGUCUAAAGAUGGAAUGAGUGCAAUUUCUAAGACGAUGCAACUCAGCUGAAUCAAACAGCUAUGUUGUGCUGAAGAGUAGCAAGGUUGCCUUAUUUAUGAUAAUUUAAAAUGGAAAUGCAGAAAAUGUGGCAAGAUGACAGGUCAUAUUAAAUGUUUAAUCUGGAAACCAAAGAAGCCCUAAAGAACAUUUGAUGUGAUGAUUCUCAAAUUAAUAGAAAACUAUUGGAUGCACACUAUUGAUUUUUAUAGCAGAUUCAAGAACUCUCUAGUGAGGAACUGAACUCGCUCACUUUGAGGCUUAUAGCCAUGGUCGUCUUUAAAUUGUUUUUGGUUGAACCAAUGCAGGAUUGAACAUAAUUAAAAAUUCAUUGAAAUGCAGAUUGCAUUUCCUAUGUUGUAUAUAAACAGAAUAGCUUUAGUUUGGAAAAGCUCCAGGCAAAUGUAUUAAAUGUUUGAAAAUACACCACAGGACUCUGUAUUGAUACGGGUAGAUAAGAUAUCUAAUCUUUUUCACCACUUAUACUAAAACCUCUAGUUGUUGUCUGUAGACGAUAUGCUGACUGAACCAUGCGCAGGUGUUACUAUCGUAUCUAUUUUUAUUAUCUUUCUUUCUUCCUAUUCCUCAAGGUAAAUAUGCCCUCCCUGAGCCUGCAUUAGGCAUGAAGAUUUAAUAGGCCCUUAUUUGCUUUCAAUUUAUUUAGUCUGUUGCUAUACACAAUAAAUAGAAAAAUCACUACCAUAAAUUAUAAAGGGACAUAUAUGCGAAUAGCUCUUUUUUCCGUUUUAGGCAUUUUGAUUUCUAUAUUUUUUCCCACUUUUUCCCAGGCACAAUUUAUUUUAGGUCAGAGCUUUUUAAGAUGCUCUGUUUAAAUUGCACUUUGAGAACAAAGGGCAUCAUGGCUGUCAGGAGGCACUGACUUCUCACACAUAAUUUUAUGAUGGAGAUGUCAAAGGUGUAGUCACACUUCUGAAUAGUAAAACCUGUAUUUUACUUUCUACACAAGAAGAAAUACUUCAUUACUUGUUCAGAUUUAAGUUCAGAGUUGAAGAAUACUAGAAUACUAUUGUUGCACUGCUCGGUAUCCUGAGUUUCCACAGGGAAUUAUGGGGUUUAAAUCACUGCUGAGACUGUACUGUGUAAUCCUAUCGGUUUAUGUGCCCUGCCUAUUCUGUUCUUGGUUCAGAGGAAAACCCCACAUUACUACCUUAAGAAUUAAGGUAUUCAUAUAAUUUAGUGAUUUUGUUUAGUAGAUAGUAUCAAUUAGUAGGUAUUUAACAAAUAUAACACAUUGCUGAAAUCAGCAGUGGAAUUUGCCUUGCCACAUAUAACAUGGUAGAUGCCACUGUUAUUUUUUUUGCUACAAUUCACCAUUAGCAACCAAGCAUGCUAAAUCAUGCAGCGUUGAAUGACCGUAAGCACAUUUACUUAUAGGUAUUUCCUUCUUUCCUUGGAAUUCAUUCUUCUUCUUUCUGAGGUGAGUCAGAGAAAGUGAUGGGAAAUGUGCAAUGCUCCUGCAGAUUUUGCUCUGAAAGCAUAUUUAACAACCAGUACAUUUGGGGAACACUUUUUAGGUUAAAAAGAGUUUUCAUAAAAACACAUGACAGAAAUAACUAGUAAAAGGAAAUUCGAGUUAGCCCAGGCUUAAUGUGCAAUACUGACAUUUUUCUUAUCAUAAUUUAUGUGCUUACAUUAACACAUUUAAUUUUAACAAACCAGAUAGAAGACUUUUCAAAAACUAAAGAUUGUAUUUCCAAGCAGGUGUGCUAUUCUGGACAAUCCCCCUUGCCUAUUUUAAAUUCUAGUAGAUGUUCCGCAUUAAUGUUCAGCAUUAAACACAAGUAAUUUUCAUUUCUAAAGAUGGAAAUGAAAUUAGGCCUUCAUCAUACAUGUUUAAGAAAGUUUUGUUUUGAAGGAUUCGGGGGGAUAAUUCUUGUCAUACAAGUCUUAAAUCACUAAUUUUAGUGGCAAUAAAUGUUAAAAUGGAAAUGGUGUCUUUGCUCAUUUUUCCUUUGUAGCAAAUAAAACAGCAAUGUAUGUUCACAAGA